AUGGCUCCAGAUCGUGAGGCCCUGGAGCAUGUGAGGAUCUCUCUCCUGCUAUUCUGGGUGGGGGUGCUUCUGAUAUUUUCUGGGUCAUCCUAUGUGGGGCACUCCCAACACCAUGGUCCUCCAGAAGUAGUCAUACCCUUGAGGUUAAGAGGCACUGGCAGAGAAGUGAAGCUGCCAAGCUGGCUCUCUUACAGCCUGCAUUUUGGAGGCCAGAGACAUGUUCUCCACAUGAAGGCCAACAAGCUUUUGUUCUCUACACACCUCCCAGUGUUCACCUACACAAAACGGAGUGUUCUCCUGGAGGACCACCCUUUUGUCCAAAAUGACUGCUACUAUCAGGGUUAUGUGGAAGGGGUAUCAGAAUCCCUGGCUGCCCUCAGCACAUAUCUGAGGGGCUUUCCAGGAAUAUUUAAGAUAAAUAAUAUUGUUUAUGAAAUCAAGCCCAAAAGGCCUUCUACCUCAUUUGAGCAUCUGCUAUAUAAGAUGGACAAAGAGGAGACAGAAUUUCCACUCAGGAGAUGUGGAUUAACAGAGGAAGAAAUAACACGACAACUAAAGUUUCAAGAGAGUGCUGCUAACCAUACUUUGAUGCAAAGUGGGUAUGAAAGCUGGUGGACCCACAGACGUUUUCUUGAAUUGGCAGUGAUUAUAGACCACAAUCAAUAUCUUCAUCAACAAAGUAAUACCUCAAAUGUGCAGAAUGAAGCACUGUUGCCAAUGAAAUAG